AUGUGGAACAAUCCUUCAAGAGCAUGGAUGUACAAUCGGAUCGAUCCGUUCACUAAUCAUAUCUCAUCGGAUUAUUCGGCGGGAGUUGAAGAGUUCAUUGAUUUUGCCUGUAGCCAUGCACAGAAUAGCAGAGGUAGGUUUUACUGCCCUUGUGUAGUAUGUCACAAUUCGAAGUCUUUGAAAGCUGCCUCUGUUUCGAAUCAUUUGCUAAGUAGGGGGUUUAUGCCUAACUAUUAUGUAUGGUAUGAACAUGGUGAAGAUUAUGAUGUUGUUGGGGAGGGAACUAGUAGUCAUUAUGCUAAUAAUACAGAUUAUGCUAGUGCUAGUGAACCAAUAGGAUUUGAUGGGGAGAAUAUAUAUGCUGGGAUGGUGAAUGAUGCAUUUCAUGGUUCUGUACCAUAUAACGAGUAUCAUGAACAUGAAAGUGGAAAUGAUCAUGUUCAUGAACAACCCACCCAAGAAGCAAAACGGUUUUAUGAUAUGCUAGCUGCUGCAAACACGCCACUGUAUGAUGGAUGUCGGGAAGGGCAGUCGCAGUUAUCGUUGGCAGCUCGGUUCAUGAACAAUAAGGUCGACUACAAUUUGUCUGAAAAUUGUAUGGAUUCAUGGACAGGACUGUUUACGGAGUAUUUACCAGAGGGUAAUCAGGCAACCGGUUCAUACUAUGAGACGGAGACUUUGAUGCGAAAGCUAGGAUUACCGUGUCGUACAUAUGAUGUAUGUAUAGAUAACUGUAUGCUCUUUUGGAAAGAUGAUGAGAAGUUGGAGCAUUGCAAGUUCUGCGGCAAACCAAGGUAUAAGGCUAGUGAAGGAAGAACAAGAAUACCGUUCAGUAAGAUGUGGUAUUUACCGAUUGCGGAAAGACUGAAGAGAAUGUACCAAUCUGAGAAGACUGCAGCUUUUAUGAGAUGGCACGCUGAGCACAGCUCUAAGGAGGGAUUAAUGUGUCAUCCUUCAGAUGCGGCUGAGUGGAAGAAUUUUCAGCAAUUGCAUCCCUCAUUUGCAGCAGAACCGCGCAAUGUUUAUCUUGGAUUAUGUACAGAUGGUUUCAAUCCUUUUGGGAUGUCGAAACACCAUUCAUUAUGGCCAGUGAUAUUGACUCCAUACAACUUGCCUCCUGGGAUGUGCAUGAACACAGAGUAUUUGUUUCUGACGAUUUUGAAUUCAGGACCGAAUCAUCCACGAGCUAGUCUUGACGUUUUUCUCCAACCAUUGGUCGAUGAGUUAACAGAGUUAUGGUAUAAUGGAGUGGAGGCAUAUGAUGUGUCCUUAGAUCAAAAUUUCAACCUUAAAGCUGUCCUUUUGUGGACUAUCAGCGAUUUCCCAGCAUAUGGCAUGUUGUCAGGAUGGACAACACACGGAAGAUUAGCUUGCCCAAUUUGUAUGGACGAUACAAAUGCAUUUCAAUUGCCAGCUGGUAGGAAGACAUGUUGGUUUGAUUGCCACAGGAGAUUUCUUCCUGCUAAUCAUCCAAUGCGAAAGGAUAAAAAACACUUUCUCAAAGGCAAACACGCAGUGAACGACUAUCCACCGCAAUAUUUGACGGGUGAACAGGUCUUACAUGAGCGUAUAAGAAAUGCCGAGCCGCCAAAGACUUCUGACUGCGGAGGAAAUGGGCAUGAAAAUAAAGUGGAUGGUUAUGGAAGUUGGCAUAAUUGGCACAAAGAAAGCAUCUUGUGGAAGCUCCCGUAUUGGACCGAUCUUAACUUACGACACAAUCUUGAUGUGAUGCAUAUUGAGAAAAAUAUUCUCGAUAAUCUCAUGUACACUGUUAUGAAUGUGAAAGACAGAUCAAAAGACAAUGUGAGGUCCCGAUUGGAUGUUGCAAGAUUUUGUGAUCGAAGUCAAUUGCAUGUUGAUGCUGGUGGGAGAGCUCCUUUUCCUAUUUGGAGAUUGAGUGCGAAAGGGAAAAAAAGCCUACUUCAAUGGGUCAAAGAAGAUGUUAAAUUUCCAGAUGGGUAUGUAGCUGAUUUAGCUAGUUGUGCAGACAUCAAGGAUGGAAAGUUUUCAGGAAUGAAAAGCCAUGAUUGCCAUGUCUUUAUGGAACGAUUGCUUCCAUUUGUGUUUGCAGAGUUGUUACCACGUGACGUCUAUCUUGCAAUAUCAGGGAUUGGAUCAUUUUUCCGUGACUUAUGCAGUCGAUCAUUGGAGAUAAGUCAUGUCCAAGUCCUGAAAGCAAAUAUUGUGAUGAUUUUGUGCAAUUUGGAGAAAAUAUUCCCACCUUCGUUCUUUGAUGUCAUGGAGCACCUUCCUGUACAUCUACCAUACGAAGCCGAACUUGGUGGUCCAGUCCAGUAUAGGUGGAUGUAUCCCUUCGAAAGGUUUUUCAAACGCUUGAAAGGGAAGGCGAAGAACAAAAGAUAUCCAGCGGGAUCAAUCGUUCAAUCAUAUAUUAAUGAUGAGAUAUCAUACUUCUCAGAACACUACUUUGCUUCAACCAUUUCUACAGCUAGUAGAAGGAGGUAUUUCAUACUUACAUUAUAA